AUGUUACCAGUCGUGCCUGACAUGUGCAGGUACAAGAAACUAGUUCUCAAGAACCCAACCUAUUGGAUAGUCAUCGAUGAUAUAGGUUUCAAUGUUCAUUGUGAAGUAUCACAGUCCAGGUGUUUGUCCAACAACUAUGACCACAUAGAAAAUGCAACCAUACCGCGUUGGUUUUACUUUGACUACUCCUGGAUUAAACCCUAUUGCUGGAACACUAUCCAAAGCAUUCACAUCAUUACUUUGGUAGAAGGGGUUUGUGCAAUGGUUUUCAACGUGAUCGUUAUUAUCACGACUUUAAGAAGCAGAGUUCUACGAGAGUCUGUAGCACAUUUUCUUGUGGCUAACAUUGCUGUAGGAGACCUGUUGAUCUCAUUCUACAUGAUCAUCAUUACAUCUACAAGACAAAGCAUGUCGGCUGAGAACUAUUACAGUAUGUACCUACCGUACUACUGCAGGAUUGUUGGUCUCUUCUUUCUAACUGGUCAACUUUCAAGUUCAGGAAUGUCAUUUUUAACGACAUUAGAAAGGUAUUUAGCUGUCGUAUACUGCAUGAGACCACACAUCAGGAUCACCAUGAGAAUGUCCUACGUUGCCAUGGCAAUAGUCUGGAGUUUGUCUUUGUCUUUGACAGUAGGUUUCAUGACUUCACCACAGUUCUCUGUUGAAACAGACAGCAUGUGUUUACCUAUUGUUAACAGUAACAAUGAGCAAGUGCUAUAUUACGUAGGAGGUAUUGGAGUCUUCUUAUACAUGAUUGCAAUGGCCUUAUAUGGUCACAUAAAUGAAAAAUUUCGGGAUGAGCUAAAAAGAUCUUGUUUUCUCUGUCGAAACAUGGUUGCUCCUGAUCCUUGA